AUGGAGGGGGGCCAGCUAGCAGAGCAGGGACAGGUAGCAGGUAAUGCUGCUGCUUCUGCUUCCCUUGUUAUGGCACCUGAUGGUUCACCUGCAGGUUCCAUGACUGCUGCAUCUGUCACUGCUGUAAGGGUUGUGGCUGGUUCUGCUCGUGCUGUCAGAGGGGCAGCUGACCUGGCGCGCUGUGAUUCGCUCUCCGACGAUGACGGUGCAUUCGAUUCGCCACGAUCUGACUCGUUCCUAUCCCUCUGCUCGGACAAUGACUGGGGCACGCCUGGUUCGGCGUUUGCCACGCCUGGUCCGGGCUUUGCCACACCUUGUUCGGCAUUUGCCACGCCCAUGCUAGCAGCAUCCACCCCUUUGUUCACAGCAGGCACCACUCCCGUUAUAGCAGGCUCUACUCCCACGUAUAGAGACAGAGCGCCCACCGUUGCUGCUAUUGCAGCUCGGCUCGCCAGGCUAUCUUCUUCUCCACAUGCUGAUGCAACGGCAGGUGCUGAUGUAGCCACGAUUGCAGAGGGGUCGCCCAUGGUUAUGGUAGCUGCGGCUGUUGGUACAGAUGGGAGGCACAUGGCAGCAGCAGGUGGUUCAGGGGCCACAGGAGGGCUUGCCACCUGUAGCACCAGCUACAGUGUCGGUCGUGGCAGCAACAGAAGCGAUGUGGAUGAGAGGAGUGGUGUGACGUGGCAUGCAGAGGCCCCAUGGGCUACAGAUGAGAGGUACAUGGCAACAGCAGGUGGUGGUUCAGGGGUUACAGGAGGGCUUGCUACAUGUAGCACCAGCAGCAGCGGUAUCAUGAGCAAUGGCUAUGGCAGCAGCAGAAGCGAAGUGGUUGGGAGGAAUGGUGUGGUGAGGCAUGGAGAGGCUGCAUGCGAACCACCUGAACAAUCACCUGAAGUGGCACCUGAAGGGGCAGUGUGCCUUACAGCAUGUGAGCACCACCCUUUAGAAAUUGGAUCUAGCAUACAGGCAUCCUCAUCCUCAAGAGCAGGACGAGCAGCAGUAGCAGCAGCAGCAGCAGCAGCAGCAGCACCAUCACCACCAUCACCAGCAACAGCAGCAGCAGCAGGGGCUGACCUGAACAGCACUACAGCCCCAGCUCGUUGCUUGGAAGGCCGAAUGUGUACACAAGACGAUGCCGUAGGAAGAAGCGUUGGCACGGAGCAGUUAACAGAAGGAGCUGAGCUGAUCUCCUCCGAUGCUUCUGACUUCGAGCCGUCGCUGCUGGCAGUGCUGGCAGAGUCCCGAGGGAUGGGGCAUGCCUCUGCAUUCGCUGAUGUGGUGGGAUUCUUUGAAGACGGGGUAUGUGAUGAGGAGGAGGAAGAGGAUGGUGAGGAUGAUGGAAGGACAGGAGAAAGGGGCUACGAAGGUAGGUGGGGUGCUGUUUUAGAUGAUUUGGGAAGGAGUGCGCAAUGGAAGGGCGAGGAGGGUGUGGAGAGAGAGGGAGUGGGGAGAGGGGGAGAGGAAAGGAAUGGAUCCACCUCUGGUGAGGUAGAUCCUACGGCAGCAGAGGGCGUGAGUUCAGAGGCUGAUGGGGAUGGAGGCGCAGAAGCCGCGUCUUUCACCCGAAAUGCCGCGUCUGAAAAGUUGCUCGUGGAUGCAUUGCCUUGCGUGUCUCCAUCUGCAGCAGCUGAAAGAUUGUUGGCAGGCCACGUUGCAACUGAACCAGCAGCAGUGGAAUCAGCCUGUCUAUCUCCCGUGCUAGCCCCGUCAACUGCCCUUACUACAGCCAGCGCCACCAACGUUCCUUCUAUCAUUGCUCUGCAUUCGGGACGCGAAUCUGCAGCAGCUGCUGUAUCUCCCCCAGUAAAGUACCCUGCUGGGUGUUCAUCCCUUCCAUCCUCUCCUCCCCAUACAGUCACACCCCCCAUGCUCACAUGGAGCGAGCUCUCUCCAUCCCCAGGCAUGUCACGAGGAGAAUCUCUUGCUGCGCCUUCCAGUGGAUUGGGGUUGCCUGGUGAACGAUCUGGUGAGCGAUCUGGUGAGCGAUCUGGUGAGCGAUCUGGUGAACGAUCUGGUGAGCGAUCUGGUGAACGAUCUGGUGAGCGAUCUGGUGAACGAUCUGGUGAACGAUCUGGUGAACGAUCUGGUGAACGAUCUGGUGAACGAUCUGGUGAACGAUCUGGUGAACGAUCUGGUGAACGAUCUGGUGAACGAUCUGGUGAGCGAUCUGUGGAGGGUAGAAAGAUUGGGGGAGAAGCAGAGAGAAGGGGAGGGGGGAGGGGAGGAGAAAGGGGGAAGGACGGAAUUGAGAGAUGUCAAUCUGAGCAGGAGCUUGAGAGGAGGUGCAGAGACAAUAACAUGCAGGCUGGUGUUGACCGCUUCCAGAGGGGAAUCUUCUUCACAAGAGCUGCGAGCUCUGCUGCGGCUUCAGCUGCGAUUCGAGCGAGCCAUGACCCUACUAAUGAAUUGUCAGUCAGAGCUGCAGGCGAAAGAUCAGAGGAUUUCUUCGGUGGAAGCACAGGUGUCUGCUCUUAA